UGUCCUGAAAAAUGGAGAAUUCACUUUAAAAUCUUUCUAACGCUGCGUUUCGAUUCUUAAUCUGGAAGCACCGACCGGUGGCCAUGGGUGCCUCAGAAUCCAUACUCUCAAGCUCACAGCGUCCGGCCGAUGAAAUCACCACAGUGUCCGAAGUAUCGGAGGUCACCGACCCCAUCUUAGAGAGACUCAAAUCCCUCAAAUUAACAACACCGAUACUGACGUCAGCACCGACGGAGAGUAGUUUGACUGACAUAUUGGUGAGGAAACCUUCGUCUUCUUCGGUUCCAGCAACUGUGGAUCCGAAGGUGCUGACGGAGCUUUUCUCAAUAUACCGUGAUUGGCAGGAGACGAAGAUUCAAAUGAUUAGCAAAAACCAGGAAGAGAUAGAAAACGAGAUAGAAGUUGCUGAUGCUUUGGCAGUAAAACUUCUAAAACGGUUCAAUUACUCUGUUUCGGAAAUGAAGACAACUUCACGACAUUUAUCAGGAGUUCAUGCCUUGCAGGUGGAGAUUGGGGAGCUUAAAGGAAGGUUGACGGAGGUUCUUAGUAACUGUGACGCAUUGUCUAAGAGAAUUGCUUCCGAGGGACCAGAAUCUCUCCGGUCAUCUUUCAAACCAUUCGCAAUUGCCACCGACACACAGAUCAUCAGUCGCUCAUCUACUUCGCCCGGAGAUUUAAACAAAAUUCAGUCUCCUACCAAGCCAAGUUAGACUCGUAGAUAUUUGUGUUCUUCUACACAUUAAAAAAUUUAAGGCUGAGUCAAUGAAGCAGUCCUUCAUGUGA